ACACACAUACAAACACACAAUAAUAGAGGCCAGGUUGCAGCCAUAGCAACGCCGCUGGUGCACUGUUAUCCUGAAGUGUUGAGAAUGGAAAGCAGAGGGCUGUUGCUGUUGCUGCUUUGAACUCCACGGUCCUUCCUCCGCCGCCGCCCAGUCUCGCCGGGUUCAAGGUACGGGAGCGUCUGUCCGCCUGUCUGUCUUCGUUUGCCAGUCAUGGACGAGGCAGAGGAUGGCGAGGAGGACCUCAAAUCCCAGCAGCCUCGACCACCUCAAGUAGCCAACUCGACUGGAUGCGAGGAUCACGGGAGCAAGAUGAAGAAAUUUACGCCAGGAGGCGGAGCUGCGUCCAUUGCGCGUAAAAACUCCAACAACAAUGAGCUCUGGCUCUUCCUAGACGAGGACCCCGCGCCUCUGAGUGCCAGUGGCAGCACAGCCUCCGCUCUGUUACGCCAAGGGGAUGCUGCUGGCGGUAGAGGCGGCACAGAGUCAGACCACAGGAGUAGAGCGGACAGAGCCUCAGAGGUAGGCGUGAUAGGAGAGGGAGCCAUCGGUAUGAUAUGCAACAAAAACGGAGAUUGUAGAAGGGACCCGACCAGUUCAGGGAGCCUUUCCUCUCUCAUCUCAAGGCAGGCAGAUGGAGUAGUAGCAGCAGCAGAAGACGGCAAAGGGCAGGCUGCGAGCAUGGACGGCUCAGUUACUUCACCAGGGUCCCUGACACAGGGGCCGGGGGCCGAGGUCAAGACAGCAGCAGGGAUGGACAAAAAGGACUCGAGAGUUUCGUUCUCCAAUGCCCCAACUAGUAAAGGACAGACUCCGAGUCAACAAUCGAGAAAUUCUGUCACAUUCACUAAAGCUGAGGAUGGCUCUCAGAUAGUGCCGGAUGAUGGAGACUCGAGGGGGAAUCAAACAUACAUGCAGCGGCAGUUUAGUUCCAUGCUCCAGCCCGGAGUUAACAAGUUCUCCCUGCGCAUGUUUGGCAGCCAGAAGGCAGUGGAAAAAGAGCAAGAGCGCGUAAAGUCAGCGGGUAAUUGGAUUAUCCACCCAUACAGCGACUUCAGGUUCUACUGGGACUUCACCAUGCUGAUGUUCAUGGUGGGCAACCUGAUAAUCAUCCCCGUGGGCAUCACCUUCUUUAAGGACGAGACCACCACGCCCUGGAUCAUCUUCAACGUGGUCUCUGACACCUUCUUUCUCAUGGACUUGGUGCUCAACUUCAGGACGGGUAUUGUGUUUGAGGACAACACCGAGAUCAUCCUUGAUCCUAAAAAGAUUAGGAAGAAGUACUUGAAGAGCUGGUUUGUGGUGGACCUAGUCUCUUCCAUACCUGUGGAUUAUAUCUUCCUCAUCGUGGAGAAAGGGAUUGACUCGGAGGUGUACAAGACGGCCCGGGCGCUCCGCAUCGUUCGGUUCACUAAGAUCCUCAGUCUGCUGCGCCUGCUGAGGUUGUCCAGACUCAUCCGUUACAUCCACCAGUGGGAGGAGAUCUUCCACAUGACCUAUGACCUGGCUAGUGCUGUGAUGCGAAUAUUCAACCUGAUUGGUAUGAUGCUCCUGCUGUGUCACUGGGACGGCUGUCUCCAGUUCCUUGUUCCCAUGCUACAGGACUUUCCAUCGGACUGCUGGGUCUCCCUCAACAAGAUGGUGAAUGACUCAUGGAGCGAGCUCUACUCCUUCGCCCUCUUUAAGGCCAUGAGCCACAUGCUGUGCAUUGGAUAUGGAAGACAAGCCCCAGAGAGUAUGUCGGACAUCUGGCUGACGAUGCUCAGUAUGAUCGUGGGAGCCACCUGCUACGCCAUGUUCAUCGGCCACGCAACUGCACUCAUCCAGUCUUUGGACUCGUCUAGACGACAAUACCAGGAAAAGUACAAACAAGUGGAGCAGUAUAUGUCCUUCCACAAACUACCGGCCGACUUCCGACAGAAAAUCCAUGACUACUACGAGCACAGAUACCAAGGCAAGAUGUUUGAUGAAGAGAGCAUCCUGGAGGAGCUUAAUGAGCCUCUUCGUGAGGAAAUCGUCAACUUCAACUGUCGCAAACUUGUGGCAUCCAUGCCGCUGUUUGCCAAUGCUGAUCCCAACUUUGUCACCGCCAUGCUGACCAAACUGAGAUUUGAAGUCUUCCAGCCCGGAGACUACAUCGUCAGAGAAGGCACCAUCGGCAAGAAGAUGUACUUCAUCCAGCACGGGGUGGUCAGCGUCCUGACCAAAGGAAACAUCGGCAUGAAGCUGAUGGACGGCUCCUACUUUGGAGAGAUCUGUCUGCUGACCCGAGGCAGACGGACGGCCAGUGUGCGAGCGGACACCUACUGUCGCCUUUACUCUCUCUCUGUGGAUAAUUUCAACGAGGUGCUGGAGGAGUAUCCCAUGAUGAGGAGGGCCUUCGAGACGGUUGCCAUUGACAGGUUGGACAGGAUAGGCAAAAAGAACUCAAUCCUGAUGCACAAAGUUCAGCAUGAUCUGAACUCAGGUGUUUUCAACAACCAGGAGAAUGAGAUGAUCCAGGAGAUAGUCAAAUAUGAUCGGGAGAUGGUUCAACAGGUGGAUGUACCACGACCACGAGCCAUGUCCAUGACACCUCCUCUACACAGUGGGAUCUUUACUCCUCCAGGUUCCUCCGGCCAGCCUCAGAAUUCAGCAAUUGCCACUCUGCAGCAGGCCGUAGCCAUGAACUUUUGUCCUCCCAUGCAAGGGAGCUCAGUGGGAGCGGGGAACCUGCAGUCUCCAAGGAUGGUGAGGAGAUUCCAGGUGAUACAAAAUGUACCCAGUCCUGUCUCAGCCUCUCCCCUGCACUCUCAGCUUCUUGCUUCUGGUGCCUUUGCUCCGGUCGUGUCCAGCCCCCCGGUCCACAGCCCACUGGCAGUUGGAGGACGAUCAUUCCAGUAUGGGUCCAGUGCCCUGGCUGGUCCCACCUCAGGCUCCCAGCUUUCUCUAGUUCAGCAGCACAUAGCCAGCCCUGCACACUGGCCCAGCACACAUAAGAGCACCCAUUCCUUGCAAAUGGGUAGUCUGAGUCAAGACGCCAGGGCACUGUCAGCCUCUCAGCCCUCACUGCCUCAUGAGGGGGCACAACCAGGUGCCCCAAGUCCACCCCAGUCUACACGAGUCUCCUCCACUUCCAUUGGACCCCCUCAAACCCCAUCAAGUCACACAGGCGUUCGGAGCGCUAUACCACAUAGGAUGGUACUGCCCCACCAAAUGUCUGUGGGGGCCUUCCCUGUAGCAUCCCUGCCCGGUUCUGUGCAGGGCUCUGGGGCUGGUGCAGGACUGGCAGUAGGGGGUGUGGGAACAGGUCUGGGUGACUCGGGACUACCCAAGAAGGACUCUAUAGUGAGCCUUCCUGAGACAGACCACAUCAAAGUCAGAUCCAGGCUAUCCUCAAACUUGUGAUCAUAAUGAAACUCUUGGGGGGAGUGAUUCAGUGAGGGGCUUGGCUGCAGGAACAUGCGAGGAUUUCUGCUCUCCCUCCUACUGUUCCUCUUCUCUCUACUCACUCCGGUUUGACUACCCGAAUGUAUGAAUGUUGAGUGAGUGGCAGCAAGAAGAAGAGAGGAGACUGUUCAAAUAAAGUCUGUAAGGUGACAAUUGAAUCUGCAGCAUCGAGACAUUUCUACUCACAGACACAGCAGAUACACAGAACAGUCGUGGUAAAGUAGCAUCUGCUCAUCUCCCUCCCCUUUAUUUAUUGUAUUUCAAAAUACAGUUAACAGCAUACAGGCAUAUCUGCUUCACUUCCCCUUUCAUUCAACUCAUUUAAUGCAAACUUGAGGUCGGAUGGGACUAAAAGAAAAUCAGGGACCUGCUUCAGAUAUAAGAAGUCGGCACUUUAAUGGGGUUUAACUACUGUACCUACCACAUUUUGUCAUCUGGCUGGCUGUGAAAGACAAUCUCCUUACAAAGGCAUAAUAAUUGUGGUUUCAUAAAAAGUUUGAACAGGAAAACUGGUGUGUUUUCGCUAUGUUUUUAAGUAUCCAUUUAAAUAGAUCAUUAGACCAAAUUUGUAAGCACAAAAUUGGAAAAUAUGAAAGAGCACUCUCCUUUGACAACUACUACUUUCAAGCCAUAUUUUUCCCCAGACUAUUGAUAUGAAUGGAAGUAUUUACUGUAUAUAAAUCCAACUGGCAUUAUCAGAAUCUAGCUGGCCUCUUUUGUAAGUCUUCCCUGCCUGUGAUUUUCCCCACAGAUAAAUAUGUGUGGCCCCUUCAGAUCACAGAUGAUGAAUAUCCUUCGAACUGAAAUUACAGCCGUGGGACAAAUUGUCUUGUUCCAGCCAAGCCAUCGAUUUCUACGGGAAAUGUCUGCAUGUUUGUUUAAUUUAAAAGCUGCAUUAAUCAAUAUUUUUUCAUAUCAACAGUGAAUGAAAUGACUGAGUGCAAUGCAAAGGGAAUGAUGAACCAGCAGAGAAUGAUCAUUCAAUUCUGCCUCUCUAUGGAGAUUUUUUAGCCUAUAGUGGUUCAUUGUUUUGGUUUUAAGACCCACAAUUUUAUCAUACAGUUCAACUCUCCUUUGCAUUAUUUACAGCAACAACAGAAGGGCAAAGCUAGAAACUAGCAGAUGUUGAAAGCCAAUCAUUUAGCAAGCUAAAGCUUAAGCCAGAUAUUUCUCAGGAGUUGAUAGAGACCAAACCAGAGCUAAGCAGUCUGUCAGGUGGAGAGAAAAAUGACUCUAGUGGGAUGAUAAUCUUGCUCAGGUCUGCUGGAUGUGGAAGUUAGCAGUUUUGCUAAUUCAUCAGGGCUGUUUACCUUGUUUUGGAGUUCUGUCCCCAAGUGGGCAAAAAUUGAUUAAUGCAGCUUUAAAAUUUAGUAAAUAACACAUCUUCUUAACAGCAGGUGUGAUUUCUGAAGUAGUGGGUUAAAGGUGUGUUGUCAUGUGAGUAGUAAUAUCCCACACUUUGUGAAAGUAUUCUGAUGUAUCUUAAAAAUUAUAAUUCACUGCCAGUUAAUUACAAGGAAUUUUAUACCAGUCAAAAUGUAAAAUCAUUCAAACUCACAUAAUCAAAAUGUAAAUCCAUUCCUUUCUAAUCCUGAAUCUCACAUUUCUUGCAGCAGCAGUUUGGGCAAUGUGUCAUUAUGCCAAAGUCAAUUCAUAGAGAUGAUGAAACUCCUGCGAAGCUCAACCCUAUGAUAAACACUACAGUUUUGAUCAACAGCCAAGGACAGUGCAGAUACUUUGCAGGAUGUAUAUUGCAGUGUGCCUCUGUCAUUAAUGCCUCAAUAACAGUUCAUCGGAUGCCGCUGAUUUGUGUCCAAAAGCAUUAGGAAGGGGACCUUCUCUCCCGGACCUGACAUUCUAUUCACCUCAUCUCACUAAUGCCUGAACCAUUACUGGGUAAUGACAGUGGAAAUUGGAAUCCCUCGGGUCUGUUUGGGACUGUUACUAUUCUCCUUUGAUUGGAUUUCAUUAUACAGUGCCAAUAAUGAGUUCCUCUCCUAUGAUCAUUUUGCAUUUUCAUUUUGCUCAGUUUCAGUUCCUGCAUUGUUAUCCUCUACCUUGAGAGUUCCAAAUGGGACAAAGUUGAAGGUUUUCAAAGUAUUUUUAUACAGCAAUUUUGAGGUCUGCUGUCUUUUUGUUCUAUGCCCAAAUUAUGCCCUAUGGAACCUAUUUUGGAUGCUCAAAAAUAAUUAAUAUAGACACUUGUUAUGAGGAUAGUGUUUUACUGCACCUGAAGGCAAUGUCUCAGGAGAGCAAAUGCAUUUAGUGACAAAAUUAGUUUAUAGUCACAGUAGAAAGCACACAGUAGAGACAGCAGUAAGAAGGAGAAAGGGAGGGUAUAGGAACAAUAGCUGAACUUAAAUCAAAAUGAGAUAUUAACUCAAGAGCAAUGACACCAAAUCAACCCCUCAAUUUUAAUAAAAGCCAAAGAGGGAACAGAGUUUCAAGGCCUGGGAUUUUUUUUUUUUGAAUCAGGAUGUUAGGAUAUGAUGAAUGAGAUGUCACAGACUGAAACAUUCACUCUGACUAAACAUAGAAAUUAGGGAAUAAUACACUAAACUCAUUCAGUCAUGACUUCAUUGCCUGAAAGGGAAGUUUAGCAUACAAAGCAAUAACUGAAAACAAAUGUGUCGUCACUAUAUGCAAAUGAAGUUCUGUUGUAUCCUUUAGGUGUUAAUGGAGAUGCAAUAUUUCACGUAUUAGAUUGAGUUCCCAAACUUUAAUGAGAAUUUGUUUAAAGUCUGUUUUUGGAAGAUCAUGAGCAGAUAAAACACUUUUCAGUGACAAUGACUUGAUUGAUAUGGUUGUUAUUUCUAUGUGUAAACACAGUGUGCAUCUUGUAAACCAGACUAGCCUAGUUUACUGUAACUGUAGAGAUAGAAAAAAAAAGUUUGAAAAAGGAACAUAUUUUUAAUCUUUGACAAAAUACAUAUUAUCAUCUGGUAUGACCCAAUAUUACUUGAGCUUAAUAAUUAAAGCAGAACAAAACUAUUUGCAUUACAGAAGAUGUAUCACUUCUUUUUUAUCAGUCGCUCACAGUACCACCCACAGUUUGUAUAUAAUCCUGUGCCAGUUGCUGUGAGGUCUGCAUGGUUUCUUCUCUUGUGUAUAUUUUAUUUGUUUAGUUAUAUUUUUUCUAGUCUCACACCCCAGUCCGUUACAAAUCCUGUCCCUCUGACAAAUGCUGCUUCCUGAUUUAUUUUUCUUUCUGUGCCGAUUCCUCUGCUACCUAAACAGCAUGUUGCCCAGAAACUGUGUAAAUGCACUUUCCUCUGUUUUUGCAACUUCACAAACAUAUUUAGUGUUAUGUAAAUGUUACAGCAACUCAGCUGUUCAACUUUUCAGUACACCCUCCAGGCUUUGGUAAAGACGGCACCUGUGCACACACAUAGACUCAGCAGCAGCAGCAGCAGCAGCACAGGCAUCAAGCAGCAUUUAAAAUGCUGUUUUCAAAACAAUCUCGUCUUCAUUUUUCCUGUCUUCAAUGCCACAGCUUCUCCAGAGUUAACACUAUGUUCAUUCCAAUUUUUAUUCAAAUGUGUCUUUGGGUUCAUCAAUAGCAGUGAAGCAAAGAGAUUCAGAGUAUUUAAAAUGUUCACUUACAAGGGCUGUUCAUUUGGAUUGAGCAAGGAUGUGAUUUUGUGUCCCUAACUUGUUCACAUAUUUAUAUAUUUAUGCUAAUGAGUUCAGAUUUUUUCUCUUGUACUCGCCAAUAACAACUAUACCAACACUAAAAACAACUUUUUUAUACUAGUUGUUUCUGUAUUUUACAGGAUACAAUACAAUGUAAUUCAAUACCAAACAGCAGUUAGUCAGAAUUUAUUUGUUAUUUCCUUUACAUCCCUGCCUUUUGUUGGUUUAACUCUUUCUUACUUUCUUUCUCAGAUCCCAGACCUGUUAGUGAGAGUAAUAGCAUUCAAUUAUAUGGAGACUGGGUACAAAGCCAAUACCAACACCAAUCAGUACCUUAACACUACAGUCAAAUAUAGGCCAGCUAAUGUACACUGAGAUCUUCACCAGUAACCAUGAAUUCCCUUGAAGCCAAUAGACGAUCUCAGACAGUCACUUACAGUGCAGUGCAAGUGUUUCUGUGUCAGGGUCCUGAUUUUCUUUUAUUGAGCCACUCUACAGUUGUCACAUCCCAUUACCAUGUACUGUGCAUACCUAGUGCCUAGCAUAUAUUGUAGUUUCCACAUACAUGUACUAUAUUCUCUGUGUGUGGCUGUAAAAAUAAAUGCAAGCUCCUCACAAUGCAAACAUCACUGUCAGUUAUAUCCCACUGCAAUACAUGUAAAAAAGGAAAACCAAUAAAUUGAUUUGAAUACA